AGAUGCAACACCUUAUGCAGGCUGUUCUUCAUCAAACCCAAAUCCCAAAGAACAGUAAGUACAAUAGGCAACAUCUUCUAAAAUUACGUUUCAUUAAAAACCUUGUGAAAAUUUCGCAUUUGUGCGCCUUGCAAUAUGAUGGGGGAUCUGGACUUAUUGGAAAUGAAACGAGUGAUGAGCACUGAAGCGACAUCUGCAGAGGAAGAAACGCAGCUGAAACGGUCUCGGUCCCGCUCUGUGAUCCGCCAUCAGCAUCAGCACUUCCCUGCUGCUGAUGACUCGAAUGUCAUCAUAUCGUCCACUCUGGACGCCAUCUUGGAUGCAGUGACGUGUUCCAUUUGCAUGGAGCUCGUGCACAAUGCUGUGUCUCCGUGCCAAUGUUUGCACGCCUUCUGCGGGGGUUGUCUGUCAUCGUGGAUCUUUCGGCAGGGCACACCGAGGGUCAAUUGCCCCAAGUGUCGCACCAACAUGCGUUCAGUGUCGGUGAACCACUUGGCCUGCAGUGUUUCUGCAGAACUGGAGAAGGUUCGUCCAGAAGAUGCCAAAGCACCCAAGGACAAGAUUCUUUUGGACCAGGCCAACAGGUUCAGUGGGAAAAAGAUGUUCCAUCUGGCGGAAAUGUUCAAUGCCGAGUACGGCAGUCGUACUGCAAGAGGAGGACGGAGAAGAAGAGUACGGAAUCCAGCCUCAACAUCCCCAACGCCAUGAAAUCCAUCCACCAACUCUUGUUGUUUCUGAUGAAUCAAAACUUCUGAUUUUCUUGUGUUGCACCAGUCAUCUAUAUUUAUGCCAGGAGGGAAUACAUAAUGAAACUUGAUUUUUUUUUAUCAAUUUACAUAA